CAGGAAGUGCAAUGUUUCGAAGGCGUAUCCACACAGUUUUGGUUUAUUCAAUAACAACAUUUUGACGAAUCUACCGUCAUGAUAAGUUAGUAUAAAUGAGCUGUGAGCAUGUCCUGUUACCAUGGAUUGAAGUCACAAACAUUAAUCAGGGUGUGUUUUUUUAUGAAUUUCUGAUUAUUGAACUUCUAAUCCUUCAAUCUGCACAGGUGUCAACAAACAACUGAAGGGGCCAACAAUGGCAGACACAAAUAAAGUAAACCUGGAGGAGAUGCUGACGUGCCCAGUGUGCCGGGACAUCUUUAAGGAUCCUCGGCAGCUGCCCUGUGGCCACAGCUUGUGCAUGAGCUGCCUGGAGAGCAUGCUGGAUCUCGCCUCAAAUGUUCCCUUCCGGUGCCCGGACUGUAGGGGAUAUUUUGGAGCGGUCCUGAGGAUACAGAAGAGCUACGCACUGUCCAGCAUCGCAGAGGAGUUCAGAGGGAACAUGAAGAGGAAGGAGAGAAAAAGUGUGUACUGUGACUUCUGCUCAGAGAAGACAACUCUGGCCAAGAAAACCUGUCUGAAGUGUGAGGUGUCAAUGUGCGACGAGCACGCCAAGAACCACCACGAGCUGCCGGUUUACAUAGGACAUCCCUUGGUCAGUCCUCUGUGUGACUUCCUGGAGAGGAAAUGCCCACAGCAUGAGGACAAAGUGCUCAAGUACUACUGCAACACGUCCAGACGCUACAUUUGCAACAUGUGUGCCUUUGAGAGAAAGCAGCUCAACCAGACCACCGAGGCCUGUACUGUCCUGCGACGACAGCUGACUCUGUACAUGGACCAGAACUUCAAAGUCAUUGAGGAGCAAAUGAAAGAAGCCAAUGAGUUGGUGAAAACACUCAAGAAACCAAGAGUGAACCCUGCUGGCUGGCCCUUCAACAUAGUCACUGGGAUGCUGCUCUUCCUGUGGUUCAUUGUUCUGUAUUAUGCCUCUGACUACGCUGUGGAGAACCAGUCACUAGUGAAAGCCCUCGAGACGCAGCAGAACCGUGUCGCAAAACUCUUGGUUGAUCAUCCCAUGAAGAGCCACCACGCAGAGACAGAAAAUCAAGGAGUUGAUCUGGACUCAGCCAGUCCUUUCCUCGGAGUGUCCGAUGACCUCAGAACAGCAGAGAGAGUAAAAACCAAACUGCUCUACCCCAACAGAACCGGACGCUUCGAUGACGCCCCGCAGGUCCUCUCCGCCCGCUGCUUCUCCUCCGGUACUCACACGUGGGAGGUGGAGGCGGAGGGAUACUGGGACAUCGCCGUGUCCUACAAGAGCAUCCAACGCAAGAACAGCAGCGCCUUCAGAAACAACGCCGAGUCCUGGAGCCUUUCGCACGACGGGGAAGGAAAGCUGUUCGCAUAUCACGACAAAGAAAAGACGCUUCUCACCGCUACCUUGCAGAGCAGCCGCAUAGCAGUGAGCGUCAAUAUUGAAGAAGGCAGCAUUAGAUUCAGUGCUGUGGAGUCCACCAUCAAACAUCUACACGAGUUCAAGGCCAAACUGACCGAGCCGGUGUGCCUGGGUUUGGGGCUUUACGGCAUCGACCCCCCCAGCAGAGCCUCCAUUGUCAAAGUGUCAUGAUGAGCCCAAACGUGACUAUUACAAUAUUUAUCACUGGAGCCUAAGAAGAAAGAACAAAGGCUGAACUCAAUGUGGACGGGUAAAAAAUAAAAGCCAAAAGAUGUCAAUCAACUCAGGAAUAUAGUUUUGUAACACAAGGUGUAUCAUGGUGUGAAUGUAUUGUCCUUAUAAUUAAGGAUGUGUCAAUAUUUUGAACUGUUCUACAAUGUUUAUAAAGAUGGACUGGUCUGCUUUCCAAGUGUCUGAAAUACUGAACGACUACAAGAUUGUGUUUGACUUUGGCUUAACGGUGAGGGUCUUUUGUUUAAUGGAGAAAAUCAGUUUCAGUAAAAAAAAAAAAUUAACUCUUUAAUAUUUAGCUUAAUAUUUCAAAAUCACAAAGUUUUGUCACGAAUAUGAAUCAUAAAAAUGAACUGAUGCUGACAAAUAGAAGUACAGGGCAACAUGUCAGAUAUUACAUUAUGUCACACCUCGUCUUGACAUGAGAGGGGGACAACUCUGAUUCACCAAAUGUUUUCUCUGACGCAAACACUUGUGACUUCAGUCGAGAUGUACACAUCUAUAGUUGGUAUCAGUAGACACCUUCUCCUUCAUAAUACCACGACGAGUCGGGAUCAGCAGUUAAACGAAACCAAGAAGAGGAAGAUCUGUUUGAGCAUAACUUCUCAUUUAUUAAGAAACACUGAAGUCGAGCAUUUACUAACAACUAAAAUGAUCUCAACUGAAUGUUUUACAAAAACAAAAGCAUUAUUAGACAUAGAAGGCCAUAAUCCUCAGUACAGUACAAAACAGCUGCGUAGAGACAGGUGUACAAGUCCCUCACUUUAUUUUUAUGAGAUGUGACCCAUCAAACACUUCAGAGCACGUCUUGUGAAUGUAAAAGAUGGCACUGAACAAACAUGUUUUUAAACCAGUGGAAAUAAAAAGAAGGUGAAAUGUUGA